AUGGGGAGAAGAAGGCGAAUUGUGAAUAAAAUUCCUAGUGAUUCAGAGUCUGUUGAUGGGUUGUGUGAUUCUAAUGAUGAAGAUGAGGUAUUGGAUCGCAGAGUAGAUCAUGUAGCCCCUUCAAUCAACAAUCUUCUCGAAGAUGAGGCACACGAAGAAGAAAUUGACAACGAAACAACCACUACAGAUUUAAAUAAAAGUGAAAUUUGGAGAUCGACGAGUAUUCCAAAGACUGAUUUACCUUUCAGUAGGAGUCACGGACCCAUCAUCCCUGACUCCGCGUCUUCUCCAAAGGAUAUAUUUCUUUGUUUGUUCCCUGAGUCUCUAUUAGAUGUUAUUGUAGAGCAAACAAAUUUGUUUAUUUCUCAAAAGAAGUCAAAAGGAGAUCUUAUCACCAAAGAUGAGUUGAAAAUUUUCAUAGCGAUCAAUAUCCAUAUGGGUUACAAGAAGUUACCUUCGUAUCGGGAUUAUUGGUCUAAUAGCCCUCAAUUCCAUGAUUCAUAUAUUUCUUCACUGAUGACUGUGAAUCGCUUUGGAUUUUUUUUGUCUCAUUUGCAUAUCAAUGAUAAUUCAAAAGAACCAGCAAAAGGAGAUCCAGAAUACGAUAAAUUGUAUAAACUAAGACCUCUUCUCGACACUCUUUCUGAAACAUUCAGAGAAUGCUGGAAACCAAGCCAUCACCAAGCUAUUGAUGAAUCAAUGAUCAAGUUCAAGGGGAGGAGUAGCAUGAAACAAUAUAUGCCAGCCAAGCCAACUAAACGUGGUUACAAAGUUUGGACCCGAGCAGAUGAAUCGGGAUUUGUUUGUCAAUUUCAGAUCUACACAGGCAAAACAGAUAGUCCUGAAAAACAAUUAGGAGCACGUGUGGUUCGUGAUCUUACACGUGACCUUGUUGGUCAUAAUCACCAGGUGUAG